UAUGGCUAUUACUAGGGUAAUAGUGAGUUGGGGCCGCUCCAGGCGAACAUUGCCAGGGCCGAAUUUUGUUGCCAGUCCGACCCUGGUAUUGGCCGUGUGUUGGCUGCGGCAAAAAAUGUGAUCUGGGCAUCCCUAUUAACUACAAAAGCUGACAAAACAAGAAUGUCCUUAAAGGUACAAGUAACUCAAAAUGGUGAAUUUGUAGGUUAAUAGGUGUUGUCUUUCCAUGAGCUCAUAGAAAUGUCAACAGUUGGUGACUUCUAUUGUGCAGAGACGGCGUGUCACUUGACGCGUGAAUGUCAUGUAGAAAACAAUGUCAGGUGACGUAGUAUAUUGACUUUCACCCAGGAGAACUGAGUUCUUGUCCCAUGUGAAACAAAAAGUCAGUGAUGACUUAUUUAAAGUUUUUAAGUUAUUCAAGGUUUUAACUUAGUUAACUUGCUUACGUCACGUGACGUAACAUACUUAUUUUAACCCAAACCAUGUAGUUUUGUUGCCUAAACCUAACCAAACUACAACCGUUUCACGUUAACCACGUUUAUUAUUGUUACCAUGACGAUGGAGGUCACCUGACUAUGACGGCAAAGGUCACCUGACUUCUUCCUUUCCUGCACGUCCGAAACUCAUGAAAUGUGGCAUCUGUAACAGCAUUAAAUGACACGCAAAAAGCUUAAAAUGCGUAGACAUGACACACGAAAUGUCCUUUUUAAAAGUGAUGUACUAUUUAUACGUCAUCCCAUGAGAUCACGUUGUGAGAACACUUCCAGGAAUUUUAACAGUUCUUGGUGAAAUGCGAACUUGUUUAUUGGGACAGUACAGCCACAAAAGAUGACUUUUCACAAGGACACAAGUACAGACAAGAAUGUAGAUUGAGAGAGGCCCAUUGUGCUAUGUUUGUCUGUUGCCAUAGCAACCUAAAGCGUGGCAUUUAUUUCCACAGUCCUUUUUUUUAUUUGCAUCUAAAUCUAAUGCCCAUACUGCCUUCCUUGCGUCUAGACUUUCACAAGAAAGUGUUUUUAGUAGUUAGUAGGGCUGAAACGAUUCCUUGAGUAACUCGAUUUACUAAAAAUCAUAGAAUCAAAUUAUUUGCAUCAAAGCUUUGUUUAAUCCAUAUAAUUACAUACAGCGCACUGUGUUUUGCAUGAAUAAUUAUUACUGUCACACAACGUGCUUACAUUGUGUGUGUGUGUGUGUGUGUGUGUGUGAUUAGAGACAGUUCAGAGCGUCUUUGGUGUGAUUUGACAGCGCGGAUUAUUAUUUCAGAACAUGGAGCAGUCAGGGAUAAUAUUAUAGUGACUCCGAUCUACUGUGCUGUAUGCCACGUGUUCUUUCUUCCCUCCGCUCAGCCAACCACAAGCUUCAUUCCAAAUCAACCCAACCACUAUCCCAUGCAGCCCCUCCCCCAGCUGUUUGUCAGUGUCACACUACCUCUCUUCCUUUCCCAUUUCCUCUGCUGCCUGCUGGCUUGCGCAUGCCCUCCCUCCCUCCAUUGCUUAAUGCAGCUCGGCUAAACAGAGAAAUAAAAGGACAGGUUUAAAAAAGAGCAGAGGCUGACUUUUAGCCGAGAAUCCAAAAAGGCGUGGAAUGGAAAAGCAUCCAGGUUUUUUUUGCGUAAACCCCCAUAAGUGCAAAGGAGUGAAAUGCAGCUCAGUCAGUGGCUAAAUCUAACCUUGGGAAAUUCCAAGCACUCAAUCCGCUCUGGAAUUUGAGGUCCCUGUGAUCUACCACAUUGGCUCAAAUAUGUACAGUAACAGUAUGUUUUCUGGAAAUGACACCUGGAAAUUGAUGUUGUCUUAUAUUUAUGAACUAGACUUUGAAUGCUUAAUUGUGAAAGUGCAACUGUCAUAAUGCAGCAAGUAUUUGCAAAAUUAGGACUCUUUUGAAUGAAGGGAGCAAUCAUCACUGAAAACUUCAUCACCAGUCAUAUUUAUAUACAUAUACAUUUGGAUGAGUUCGAGAGGGUAUGUAAGUGACAUAUUAUGACAUCUGCAAUUGGUGCACACUGUUGAAGGCUGAAGAGAAGCAUUAGGCUUUUUUCACAGAGUACAUUUUGACAUGUCACAGUAAGAAAAGCACAGGUGUAAAUCUAAUUCUGACUUCUGAAUUCCAUUUAGCUGCUUCAGUUUCUGGGUCCUGGUGCUGUGCAUGUGCAUUUCCCACCUCUGGAAAGAUGUCAGCAUGUGUUGUGUAAAAUACAAAACAUUUUUAGUGUAGUCUUGUGUUUUGGAAGGCCCAAGAGUUAUACUAUCUGAGAAUGCAAAGGAACAGAGAAAAUAUGGAGAGGAAAAGGAUGGAAGAGAAGAAUCAGUGUGAGAAGAGGUUGAGGGUGUGUGUGGCGACAUGUAACAGAGCAGACUACUCCAAGCUGGCCCCCAUCAUGUUUGGGAUAAAAGCCCACCCUGACAAGUUUGACCUGGAAGUGAUAGUGCUUGGCUCACAUCUCAUUGAUGAUUACGGAAAUACUUUUCGUAUGAUCGAGCAGGAUGACUUUGACAUUGGCUCCAAGCUCCACACCAUUGUGAGAGGAGAGGAUGAGGCAGCCAUGGUGGAGAGCGUUGGGCUGGCACUUGUGAAACUCCCUGAUGUCCUACAGAGGCUGCGCCCUGACAUCCUGGUCGUCCAUGGUGACCGUUUUGACGCGCUGGCUCUAGCAACUGCUGCAGCGCUGAUGAACAUUAGAAUACUUCACGUGGAGGGAGGAGAGGUGAGUGGUACGAUUGAUGACUCAAUCCGCCACGCCAUCAGUAAACUGUCCCACUAUCACGCCUGCUGCACACGCACGGCAGAGCAGCACCUCAUCGCCAUGUGUGAGGACCACUCUCGCAUCCUGCUGGCUGGCUGCCCGUCAUAUGAUAAGCUUCUGUCAACUUAUCACAGUGAGGAGUACAUGGAUAUUAUCAAGAGCUGGCUGGGUGACAAGGUGCAGGAGUGUGACUACAUAGUGGCUUUGCAGCACCCAGUUACCACUGACAUCCAGCAAUCCAUUAAGAUCUAUGGGCUUAUGCUGGAUGCCCUGCUCUCCUUUAACAAAAAGACCCUCAUCCUCUACCCUAACAUAGAUGCUGGAAGUAAGGAGAUGGUGCGUGUGAUGCGAAAGAAGGGCAUCGAGCAGCACCCCAACUUCCGGGCAGUGAAGCACAUUCCCUUUGAGCAGUUCAUCCAGCUGGUGUGCCAUGCUGGCUGCAUGAUUGGAAACAGCAGCUGUGGGGUACGAGAGGCCGGGGCCUUCGGCACGCCUGUCAUUAACCUGGGAACAAGGCAAACUGGCAGAGAAACAGGUGAAAAUGUUCUACAUGUCAGAGAUGCCGACACUCAGAAUAAGAUCUACCAUGCUCUGGAGCUGCAGUUUGGAAAGAGAUACCCCUGCUCUAAGAUUUAUGGUGAUGGUAACGCAGUGCCUCGUAUUCUCAAGUUUUUACGUACCGUUGACCUGGAUGAGCCCCUCCAGAAGACUUUCUGUUUCCCCCCCGUGAAAGACUCCAUCUCCCAGGACAUUGAUCACAUCCUGGAGACACAGAGCGCUUUGGCUAUUGACCUGGGAGGGACCAACCUCAGAGUGGCUAUCGUCUGCAUGAGGGGUAACAUAGUAAAGAAGUAUACACAGCCCAAUCCAAAGACCUUCGAGGCCAGAAUGCAGCUCUUAUUAAAGAUGUGUGCAGAUGCCAUACGGGACGCCGUCUGCGUUAACUGUAGAAUACUCGGUGUUGGAGUGUCCACGGGUGGGCGUGUAAACCCACAAGAAGGUGUGGUCCUACACUCCACAAAGCUGAUCCAGGAGUGGUCCUCAGUGGACCUGAGAACACCCAUCUCCGAUGCCCUGCACCUACCCGUCUGGGUCGACAAUGACGGCAACUGUGCUGCGUUGGCUGAGAAGAAGUUUGGUCACGGCAAGGGAGUGGAGAACUUUGUCACUGUCAUCACAGGAACAGGUAUUGGAGGAGGGAUUAUCCAUCAGAAUGAGCUGGUCCACGGCAGUACCUUCUGUGCUGCAGAGCUGGGUCACAUCAUGGUUUCAUUAGAAGGCCCAGAGUGUUCGUGUGGCAGCAGAGGAUGCAUAGAGGCCUACGCGUCCGGCAUGGCCCUGCAGAGAGAAGCCAAAAGGCUGCACGACGAGGAGCUACUGAAGGUGGAGGGGAUGGAUAUAAAGCUUGCGGAGCCAAUCACUGCUGCCCACCUCAUCAGCGCAGCCAGACUGGGGAACUCCAAAGCAGACACUGUCCUGAACAAGGCCUCCACAGCGCUAGGUGUGGGCAUCAUUAACAUCCUCCACAUAGUGAACCCCUCACUGGUGAUUCUGUCUGGAGUCUUGUCAUCUUACUACCAGGCCCCAGUGCAGAACAUCAUCUCUGAGAGAGCCCUCAUCUCUGCCCAGAGCAUCAAGGUUGUCACAUCAGUCUUGGAGGAACCUGCUUUACUUGGAGCAGCUAGCAUGGUGUUAGACUAUGCAACCAGAAGGACAUAUUGAAGGAUAUAGUCCUGAUUUACUGAGGACUGCUACCAACAAGAAGAAAGGCUACUGUAUUCUGGAGGAAAUAUAUAUAUAUAUAUAUAUAUAUAUAUAUAUAUAUAUAUAUAUAUAUAUAUAUAUAUAUAUAUAUAUAUAUAUAUAUAUAUAUAUAUAUAUAUAUAUAUAUAUAUAUAUAUAUAUAUUUAAUUAAUUAAAUAAAUACAAUACAUUUUUUUCUUCAAUGACCUUGGUGAAGGUAGUUUUGCUUGUGGUGUCCACAAAAAUAUACAUUCUCAAGCCUGUGAGAAUCAUGCCUUCACCAGGCCAGAUGUUAGCCAGUUUCCAACCUGGAUACAUCAUGUGUUAAGUGGGUCCUUUGCACGGGCCAGAAAUCCCCCCACGUUCUUUCUCUACAUAAUCGGCUAAACGAAGCCCCAGAGCUUAUUUGAGCAAUUAAGUAUUAGCUUUUGAGUAAACUGCAAAGCCAUCUUCAAGCCAAAAUGACCCAUACAUGGUAGGACUCACUCACUCUACCUGUAAUGUGAUGUGGGUCAAUAGAAAAGUCUGUCAUUAUAGAAAACUUGUUUCAAAUGUGACCAAAAUUAUUGCUGAAACAUUCUCCUGUAGCUUCACCUCAAUUUUCCUUAAUUGCUUACUGUUUCACUUUUCUAUAAAUCUUGUAUGGAAUUUUCACUCAAUUGUUAUCUAUUUUGGGAUAAGGGUAGUUGUCAAUUUAUUAUGUUACAAUUCCAUGUUUUGUUAUAAAUUUAAAUAUUUAAGUUGGAAAAUGAGUUGAAAUACUGAACUGGCUUAUAUUAAUGAAAUGUUUAGGCAGCAACUGCUUUAGCUUAACAGCUGCUAUAGUAUGAUGAGGACCUGAUGGUGAAUCUUUUUUUAUUUAUUUUUUUACGUGUCAUUAUGAAGAUUUGAACUGAUUUUGAAGUUUUCUUCAUGCCUUCCGAAGAUAUAUAUUCUCAAAAUAUUGACAUGGUUUGUAUGUAGUAUUAAAUACUGUAUUGUACAUUACAUGAUAAUUAAGAUUUUGGGAUGAAUUUCUUCGUAAUUGUAUUGGUUUAUGUCCAAAUAAAUACAGUCUUGUUUUAGGUAUACACAAGACAUAAACUUCAGUGAAGUCAAAUGAGGAAGAUAUGGAUUUUCUGUAGCGUACAAAUCCUGUUGACACUGUUGCAAAAGCCCAGUCCACAAUAUUGUUGCCCUCUUUGGGUGUUGAUGCAGCUUCUUAGUUUGAUGUCUGCACAGAAAAAGUGCAACUUUUACAGUGCACUGCAAUUCAAACCACAAAUCUUUUACUUCAGCAUUUACAGCCUUUAAAAUACAUGUAAAACAUACAGUAUGUGUAGUGGUUAAUACGUCCAAAUAAAAGUCACACAGUUUUAAAAAGAGGUUCUAUGUAAAAGAAUGAGAAAAACAAAUCUGCAAUUGGGGCGAUGUUCUUCCGGGGGUCCAGCAGAGUUGACAGAACUGCUGUUUCCAAAAGUAGUUUUGCCAUUGCAAAUUUUACUUUUUAACAGUGACUGCAACCUUUCUCAGUGUUCAAUCGAAUGAGUCUGCUGAACAUUCAAACUGAAUGAAAUAGCAUGAAGUACUGUAUGGGACUUUAACUUAGGAAUCAUGGCCACCCAUUUUAACCCAGCUGAUUUCUGCACCCUGUCUCCCAUAUCAGUAACAGAUUGGAGCAUCUAACGGAGAUGCAGUAUCUGAAUUUUCCACUAUUGUUGCCGCUGCUAACUGGUUUAUUGUCACUCCAGUCCAUUCAGUACUGCACCACUCACUCAUGCAAUUUAUUAAUGUGUGCCCUGUGAGUCAGUCUGUGCAGCCAUAUUCAGUUAUGUUCCUCACUUCAGAUAUUUUGAUGAUUUUCUGAAUUUUAAUGCCUGAAUUGCAAUUAUAAAAACAUUGGCAUUAUUUGUCUUCUUUUUAAUCUUUAAUUCCCAUAAAUGAGUUAUCUUGAGCAUAAACUCAAUUUAAAUAGCAGGGAAAUUAGGAGCCAGGUCCUAGUCAAGUCCUAUAUCCCCAUAUAAGUCCUGUAACUUACUCAAAUGAGGAUUUUACAGUGCUGUACUUGGAAAAGUGCACGCCUGUAUUAGCAAGGAAACGCUUGUUGUUGAUGACCUCUGUAAAGUAAGCAACAACUGAAUGCAUAUUUUUGUUCCUUGUGGUUCUUACGUUCAGCAACACAGGCUGUUAAGUAUUUAAAAAUGAAAUGUCAAAUGCAGUUUUCAUUUUCACUUAAAUAUUCCUUGCAUAAAUUGAAAAUCACAUUACAUUGUUUAUAUUAUAUUUUCAAAUUUGAAUUAUCAUUUGCAUAUCAUCCACUGUACAGCGGGUUACCACUGAAAAUUAAAUGUCAAACAGCUUUUCCAUUGUGAUUUUAACAUUGUCAUAGAAUGGCCAUAUAAUUAUGUGAAAAUGAAAAUUGGAUUAUUGCAUUUUCAUUUUUACUCUAACAUACAUAUGUGGACAAUUAUAAUGCUAUUGCGGAAUUACAUUUUCAAGUUUACAUUAUCAUUUGAAUAUAGUCCUGUAUACGCUUCCAUACUCGAGUUUCUAGUUUUUGAAUUAUAAGUUCUAGCUUUGAAAUACUGUAGCACUGAGUCCGUCUAACAGUGUUUGGUGAAUCACACUGGUAUUGUUGUGAUGUUUUAAAACAAAUAUAUUUGCUCCCAACUGCA